CCCAAACAGGAAGUAGCUGCGCGGCCGCACAUGCGCAGAGCAGGAGUCGACAGCUGCCUGUGGAGUUUGAAGUUGUUGUAGCAGAGAUGACGGUGAAACUCGGUGUGACGAUGAAACGGCUGUUGUAUAGAAACUGCUUUAAACUGACGCACUGUCGCUACAGCACCAGUGUACAUCAGGACAGCGUCCUCUCUGCCUUCAGGACCAUCUGUGGUGAAGACGGCGUCUCUCUGGGUCAGGCUGUCAGAGAACAACAUGGUAAAGACGAAUCCGUUCACAGGUGUCGUCCUCCAGACGUGGUGGUGUUCCCCCGCAGCGUGGAGGAGGUCAGCGCUCUGGCCAAGCUCUGCCACAGUCACCACCUUCCCAUCAUCCCCUUCGGCACCGGGACGGGCCUGGAGGGAGGGGUCAGCGCAGUAAAGGGGGGCGUGUGCUUCAGUCUAAGGAACAUGGAGCAGGUUGUGGAUCUCCACCAGGAGGACUUUGAUGUGACGGUGGAACCUGGUGUGACCCGUAAGGGUCUGAACUCCUACCUCAGAGACACAGGCCUGUGGUUUCCUGUGGAUCCUGGUGCUGAUGCAUCUUUGUGUGGGAUGGCUGCCACCAGCGCCUCAGGCACCAACGCAGUGAGAUAUGGAACCAUGAGGGAGAACGUCCUGAACCUGGAGGUGGUUCUAGCCGAUGGCAGCAUUCUGCACACGGCAGGAAGAGGGCGCCGUCCCAGGAAAACAGCAGCAGGAUACAACCUGACCAACCUGUUCGUGGGUUCAGAGGGAACGCUGGGCGUCAUCACCAAGACAACGCUGCGUCUGUAUGGACUCCCAGAGGCCGUGGUCUCUGCCGUCUGCUCCUUCUCCUCCGUCCAGGACGCCGUGGACAGUACCGUCCAGAUCCUGCAGGCUGGAGUCCCCAUCGCCCGCAUCGAGUUUCUUGAUGAUGUCAUGAUGGAGGCAUGUAACCGCUUCAGUGGUCUGUCUUACCCUGUCUCACCCACUCUCUUCCUGGAGUUUCAUGGUUCACAGCAGGGUCUGGAGGAGCAGGUCCACACAGCAGAGGAAAUCACUCAGAGUAACCGAGGUUCUGACUUCCAAUGGGCUCAGGACACCCAGAGCAGGGAGCGACUGUGGAAAGCUCGUCAUGACGCCUGGUACGCGGCCCAGGCUCUGAGACCGGGCUGUAAGGCUUACUCCACAGACGUGUGCGUCCCUGUGUCUCGAUUGCCUCAAAUCAUUGUUGAGACAAAGGAGGACCUGAUUGAGAACAGGCUAACAGGUCCCAUCGCUGGUCACGUGGGUGACGGUAACUUUCACUGCCUGUUAGUGGUCGACCCCAACGACACAGAGGAGCUGCAGCGCCUCCAUCUGUUCACUGACAGACUGGCCAGACGAGCGCUGGCCCUGGACGGCACAUGCACUGGGGAACACGGCGUAGGUUUAGGGAAGAGGGCGCUGUUGUGCGAGGAGGUGGGGCCUGUAGCCAUGCGGUUGAUGCAGGGUCUGAAGAAGACUUUGGACCCUGGUAACCUGAUGAAUCCUGGGAAGGUUCUGCAGCUGGAAACAGAAUAGAAAAAGGUGUUGAGCUGAUGAAACUGACUUUAAAAGUCGACAAAUUACUUUGACUUUAAAAAUAAAUUAAAAUAAGUAUUUAUAAUAUUGCUGUUAAAUUUACAUUUGAUUUUAAUGUCAGAACAUAUUUAAUCAAUGUGAAAUUACACAGAGGUUUUUCUCAGGAUUUGAUCAGAAAUACAUUUUAUAAUUUCUUACAAAGUGAGAGCCAUGAAAACAACCAGUCUGAGUUUCACCUCCUCUCACUGUUCCACUCUUCUGUUUGUGACUGUUAUAUUUAAUUAUUAUUAGCUUUUAGCCAUAGAAUUGCACCUGUCAUCCUUUGACUGCGUAUAUUUUUGGCUUUAAAAACGGACUACUAAAGUCACUGCAGUACCUCCGUGGCCACCAGGGGUCGUAAACUCGCAGUUGAUUUGACGUUUUUUUAAACCUUUUUGUGUUUUCCUGUGUGACGUCACCUGGCUACCUGCUGUAAUCACAUAUAAAAUGUGUGACUUGAAUACAGAUUUUUAAAAAA